GGCAACAGCAAGAGAAAGAGAGAGAGAUCGAGAGCUUCUGAUUCCAGUUUCAGGAGUAGCAUUACAAGGUGAUGAUGACGGUAGUGGUGGAUCAAAAUCAUCAUCUCCUGUUUCUUUAUCUCACCAUCAUUCAGGAAGAGAGAAACAGGUUUUAGACUGAGAAAGAUAUAGAUCUUCCACCAUGGUAAUGUUUCGGCAGACUUCAACCUUCUUCUUGCUCCUCGCUAUCCUCUUUCACAUUGAACUUUUUAAACUAGAUGGAGUUGUGGCAUAUGACGCUGGUCUUUCAAAGAAUAUCCAGACACAAACCCCAAGAACACCCAGGACUCUAGCAACUCCUGGAACUCCAAGAACACCCAUUACUACACCAGCAACUCAAACUCGACGAACACCUAGGACUCCAACAACUCCUUCGACUCCCAAAACUCCAAGAACCCCCAGGACUCCAUCAGAUCCUAGAAUUCCCACACCUCCAACAACACCCACGACUCCGACACCUCCAACAACACCAACACCUCCAACACCUCCCACUACUACGCCAACAACUCAAACUCGACGGACACCUAGGACUCCAACAACUCCUUCGACUCCCAAAACUCCAAGAACCCCCAGGACUCCGUCAGAUCCUAGAAUUCCCACACCUCCAACAACACCCACGACUCCGACACCUCCAACAACACCAACACCUCCCACUACUACGCCAACAACUCAAACUCGACGGACACCUAGGACUCCAACAACUCCUUCAACUCCCAAAACUCCAAGAACCCCCAGGACUCCAUCAGAUCCUAGAAUUCCCACACCUCCAACAACACCCACGACUCCAACACCUCCAACAACACCAACACCUCCCACCACUACACCAGCAAUUCAAGCAGCAAAGGCAAAAGGAACUGUGAUUAUUCACAGACAACAACAUUAACUUCCACGAAUCCCAGUUAUAAAAGUUGUGAUUAUCCUGGUGGAAGUACUUAAAGAAGAAGAGGAAAAAGAAGAUGGAUAAAGAAUAACUGUUUAAAAAUCUCUUUACUAUUGUGAUAAGUUAAUAAUUAUAAGGCAAGUACUUGAGUGAAAAAGUAGGGUAAGAAGAGUCCAAUAAGAAAUUGUAUUGUGUUGUAAUAAUUCAGUGAAGGUCACUGCCCCUCCCUUUCUACCUGUGAAUAAGAGGGCGGGAGUUUGAUAAAUAAAAAUGAAAAAUUGUGUUUGAUUAGCUGGCA